AUGGAUCAAGGAGGCGCACGUGCUAUCGAGCCGGUUGGGUUAGUUACCCCUCGGCGACUCUUGCGCAAGGGCACUCAUAGCUGCGUAGAAUGCAAGAGACGAAAAGCACGAUGCUUCUUCGACCAUCCCUCCGCUACCACCUGCGUAGGAUGUCAACGUCGAGGCUCUCAUUGCGUUGGCCAGGAGUUCGUUGACAUUGCUGUGCCUAAACCUGAGGAAGAUCCGAGAACCUUGGAGAGUCUAAAGAGGAUAGAGCAGAUGCUUGAGAGGCUCACUGUCAAGGUUUUCACGGAUAGUCCCGGGACACAGCAUGACACGUCACAGAGCCAGUUCUUUGUUCCCCAGCCAUUGGCGGAAUGCCCGAUUACGAGAGAUGAGUGGCAGGACGCUCGUGUCAAUGUGCGCCGUGUCCCUGUCCCUGGGGUAGUCACUGACACCGCACUGGUAACAUCGGACAACACUAUCGCGGCACCAGUUGUCCCAAUUCAAACAGGCUCGGGCAGUCCUGUAGAAGACGCGACUAAAUCAAGUGAUUUUAUCCUGCCCGAAUUUGCGGAUACGUGUCGAACUCUCCACGCUGCUUUGCCAUCUCAACAAGAUGCCAAUGUCCUCUUUGGGGCUGGCAGAGCCGCCAUCUAUCUGCAAUUACUCUGUAAUCCUUACAGCCAGUUGUUUGAUCAAGGGGAUUGGCUACCACCUAGCAUCCUAUCUAUCCUCCCUCCAAUCACCGCCCACCCGGUACUUCUUGCACGAAAAUUCUUGCAACUCUGUCUUUGCAUACAGCAACUGGAUCCUUCGUUCAACCAAGGUUCUCUUCACCUGGGAGUUGGUGCUAACGAAGCCAUGCGGAGAUAUUACUAUUUGGCGUCGAGCAUGGUGACUUGCCAUGACCAGCUUCUGGAUUCUCUUGAAGGGCUCGAGUGUCUCAUAUUUGAAGGGGCCUAUCUCAUCAACUGCGGGAACCUCCGUCGGGCGCUAAUAUCCCUCCGACGUGCCUCAACUCUGGCUCAGUUCAUGGGACUGCAUCGCAAAGCCCGCCAUGGCGCACUGAAGCAACAUGAUCCAGCGACUCGUGUCUCAGGCGACGUGGCCUGGGCACAUAUCGCGUACCUGGAGCGCUACUUAUCUCUUCUUCUCGACAUGUCGACUUCCAUCACAAAUGCUAAAUUCUCAUCCGAGGAGAAGACGGCCGGCCAAACCGAUGCAGAAUGGCUGGAAAAUGUGCAGAUUGAUAUAUGUGAACAAAUCGUCAACAGAAACCAGCGUGGUGACUAUAAUCUCGCAGACACCCAGAGGAUCGACAACCUAAUGAACAAGAUUGCGAACAGCAUACCAAGCAACUGGUGGGCUCCAAUGAAUAUCCGCCCAGAUAUGAGCGGUGACGACGUAAUGUCGCUAGUUGUAAACGCGCAGAUGCAAAUCGUUCACUACAAUCUGCUCACGGUUUUGCACUUGCCGUACCCUCUUCGUAAAAAGGACCCCGAUCAUCGGUACGACUACAACAAAACAGUUUGCACAUAUGCGAGCCGCCAGGUUCUGAGCAGGUAUAUCCUUUUCCGGUCCAUCGUCAGGAUCGUCUUCUGUUGUCGUAUCGUCGACUUUUGUGCCUUGACGGCCUCUCUGACCCUUUUACUCGCCCAUCUCAGUGGCCAGAGCCAGGAUUCCACAUGGCUGCUUACGCAUCAACGCCUAGAGGACCGGGCGCUGAUAGAUAAGACGAUAGAUACCUUGGAGGAGCUUAAUCGGUUGAACAACGAUGAGUUGACAAGGGAGACUGCCAAGCUGGCAAGGAAAUUACUCGCCCUCGAAGCGGAUUCUGCCGAGAGUGGUGAUACUUACAGCUGCGGCAUUGUGAAAGAAACCCAAGACGGCAAUGAUGUAGGGCAAGGGAAGCGUUCUUUUUACCUUGCGAUUCCAUAUUUUGGAAACGUCAGGUUGGCGCCUGAUGUCUCUCCUACACGAUGGCCCGAUCCGUCUCCAAGCACAACUCAAACAGAUUACUCAUACACGACUUUGCCAUCAGCUAUAACUACCAGGCUUGCUUCUUCUGCGUCCUUCGAGCAAACUUCAAUGUCAUCGCACAUCGCCUCAUCACAAUCAAGUGAUAUAGUGCUUCAGCCAACGCAGCAGCAUCUACAGCGUCUGCUCAUCAGCGACGAGGGACAUAUAUCGCCAAUCUGUACCCUUACAACGGCCCAUCAGAAUCAAGAGCUGGAAACCUUUGAUCUACCCAUGCCUGAUGUUAUGGCGGACGCAGCUUAUUGGGCAUUCCAGGGAGUUGAUGCCGCUUUCUUCAAUAGUCUAAUCAAUGGUCAAGUAGCAGAUUCGGACGCUUGGAAUAGCAGCUGGUGUGAGAAUGUAUAG